AUGGCGACAGGUGUGCCCAGCUACAAGGUGAUCCUCCAUGGAGAGUAUGGAGUGGGCAAGAGCUCUAUAUUCCGGCGGUUUAUGAACAACUCUUUUACUACAGCCACAGGCAAGCAGUCGACCAUUGGCCUGGAUCAGUGCAGCCGGACCAUCAACGUGGGCUCCCAGGAUGUCAAACUGACCCUGUGGGACACGGGAGGCAUGGAGAGGAUGUCAUUUAUUGGCUCCAGCUACUACAGGGGAGCACAUGCAGCACUGCUGUGUUACAGCGUCAACAACAGAGACACCUUCACCAUUCUGUCCCAGUACAUUCUGGACAUUGUCAUGAAUGCAGAGGGGGCCAAGAUCUUCCUCUGCGGGAAUAUGUCUGACCAACUGAGCUCGGAGACUGCUGCCAACGUGGUGACAGAUUCUGACCUAGAGCAGUUCAUGUCCCAGUGUGAGGAUGUCCUCUCAGGUGUUUACAGGGUAUCAUGUAAGGACAGUACAGGACUGGAUGAGAUGUUCAUGGACAUGGCCAAGGUCCUGCACCAAGACUCUGUCUCUCGGAUGACACUCCGCAGAGACUUGAUCAUACCAGGUCACACACCAGAUAGAGAUGUCAACCCAGGUUCUGACAAACGCAGGUGUUGUUAG